GCAGCAGCGGCCGGAGGGCGACUUGCGGGACGCGCCGGCCGCCGCGGACCGGGACGCUUCCCCUCCGGGACCCUGCUCCGACUCCCUCCGCCGCGCCGUCCGGCGGGAGCCGGCGGGACCCCCGGCCGACAGGGAGCGCCGGCGGCGGCCGCAGCACCAUGAGGCGGCCGUGGGGCGCGCUGCUCCUUGGCGCCCUGCUCUGCGUACACGGCCUGGCCAGCAGCCCCGAGUGUGCUUGUGGUCGGAGCCACUUCACGUGUGCGGUGAGCGCCCUCGGCGAGUGUACCUGCAUCCCUGCGCAGUGGCAGUGUGACGGGGACAACGACUGCGGGGACCACAGCGAUGAGGACGGCUGCAUGCUGCCCACCUGUUCUCCUCUUGACUUUCACUGUGACAAUGGCAAGUGCAUCCGCCGCUCCUGGGUGUGUGAUGGAGACAAUGACUGUGAGGACGACUCAGAUGAGCAGGACUGCCCCCCCCGGGAGUGUGAGGAGGACGAGUUCCCCUGCCAGAACGGCUACUGCAUCCGGAGCCUGUGGCACUGCGACGGGGACAAUGACUGCGGUGACAACAGCGAUGAGCAGUGUGACAUGCGCAAGUGCUCUGACAAGGAAUUCCGCUGCAGUGACGGAAGCUGCAUCGCCGAGCACUGGUACUGCGACGGUGACACCGACUGCAAAGAUGGCUCUGACGAGGAGAGCUGUCCCUCAGCAGUGCCCACGCCUCCCUGCAACCUGGAGGAGUUCCAGUGUGCGUACGGCCGCUGCAUCCUCGAUAUCUACCACUGCGACGGGGAUGAUGAUUGCGGGGACUGGUCAGACGAGUCCGACUGCUCCUCCCACCAGCCCUGCCGCUCGGGGGAGUUCAUGUGUGACAGUGGCCUGUGCAUCAACGCAGGCUGGCGCUGUGAUGGCGAUGCGGACUGUGAUGACCAAUCUGAUGAGCGCAACUGCACCACUUCCAUGUGUACCGCUGAACAGUUCCGCUGCAGGUCAGGCCGCUGCGUCCGCCUGUCCUGGCGCUGUGAUGGGGAGGACGACUGUGCCGACAACAGUGAUGAAGAGAACUGUGAGAACACAGGAAGCCCCCAGUGUGCCUCAGACCAGUUCCUGUGCUGGAACGGGCGCUGCAUUGGGCAGCGGAAGCUGUGCAACGGGGUCAACGACUGCGGGGACAACAGUGAUGAAAGCCCACAGCAGAACUGCCGGCCCCGGACGGGCGAGGAGAACUGCAAUGUUAACAACGGUGGCUGCGCCCAGAAGUGCCAGAUGGUGCGGGGGGUGGUGCAGUGUACCUGCCACACAGGCUUCCGGCUCACCGAGGAUGGGCACAUGUGCCAGGAUGUGAAUGAAUGCGCGGAGGAGGGGUAUUGCAGCCAGGGCUGCACCAACAGUGAAGGGGCCUUCCAGUGCUGGUGUGAAGCAGGCUAUGAGCUCCGGCCCGACCGGCGCAGCUGCAAGGCUCUGGGGCCGGAGCCUGUGCUACUGUUCGCCAAUCGCAUCGACAUCCGGCAGGUGCUGCCGCACCGCUCUGAGUACACAUUGCUGCUCAACAACCUGGAGAACGCCAUUGCCCUUGAUUUCCACCACCGGCGCGAGCUCGUCUUCUGGUCAGACGUCACCCUGGACCGGAUCCUCCGUGCCAAUCUCAAUGGCAGCAACGUGGAGGAGGUUGUGUCUACAGGGCUCGAGAGCCCAGGGGGCCUGGCUGUGGAUUGGGUCCAUGACAAACUCUAUUGGACCGACUCAGGGACAUCAAGGAUUGAGGUCGCCAACCUGGACGGGGCCCAUCGGAAGGUUCUGCUGUGGCAAAACCUUGAGAAGCCCCGGGCUAUUGCCUUGCACCCCAUGGAAGGUACCAUCUACUGGACAGACUGGGGCAACACCCCCCGCAUUGAGGCCUCCAGCAUGGAUGGCUCUGGACGCCGCAUCAUUGCCGAUACUCACCUCUUCUGGCCCAAUGGCCUCACCAUUGACUAUGCUGGGCAUCGUAUGUACUGGGUGGAUGCUAAGCACCAUGUCAUUGAGAGGGCCAAUCUGGACGGGAGUCACCGCAAGGCUGUCAUUAGCCAGGGCCUCCCCCAUCCCUUUGCCAUCACCGUGUUUGAAGACAGCCUGUACUGGACAGAUUGGCACACCAAGAGCAUCAAUAGUGCUAACAAAUUCACUGGCAAGAACCAAGAGAUCAUUCGCAACAAACUCCAUUUCCCCAUGGACAUCCACACCCUGCACCCCCAGCGCCAGCCUGCAGGGAAGAACCGCUGUGGGGACAACAAUGGAGGCUGCACCCACCUGUGUCUGCCCAGUGGCCAGAACUAUACCUGUGCCUGCCCCACCGGUUUCCGCAAGAUCAGCAGCCACGCCUGUGCCCAGAGUCUUGACAAGUUCCUGCUUUUUGCCCGAAGGAUGGACAUCCGUCGGAUCAGCUUCGACACAGAGGACCUGUCCGACGAUGUCAUCCCACUGGCUGACGUGCGCAGUGCUGUGGCCCUUGACUGGGACUCCCGGGAUGACCACGUGUACUGGACAGAUGUCAGCACUGACACCAUCAGCAGGGCCAAGUGGGAUGGAACAGGACAGGAGGUGGUAGUGGAUACCAGUUUGGAGAGUCCAGCAGGCCUAGCCAUCGAUUGGGUCACCAACAAGCUAUACUGGACAGAUGCAGGGACAGACCGGAUUGAAGUGGCCAACACAGAUGGCAGCAUGAGGACAGUUCUCAUCUGGGAGAACCUUGAUCGUCCCCGGGACAUCGUGGUGGAACCCAUGGGCGGGUACAUGUAUUGGACCGACUGGGGUGCUAGCCCCAAGAUUGAACGAGCUGGCAUGGAUGCCUCCGGCCGCCAGGUCAUCAUCUCUUCCAAUCUGACCUGGCCUAAUGGAUUAGCCAUUGACUACGGGUCCCAGCGGCUUUACUGGGCGGAUGCUGGCAUGAAGACGAUUGAAUUUGCUGGUCUGGAUGGCAGCAAGAGGAAGGUGCUGAUUGGAAGCGAGCUCCCCCACCCCUUUGGGCUAACCCUGUAUGGGGAGCGCAUCUAUUGGACUGACUGGCAGACCAAGAGUAUACAGAGCGCUGACCGGCUGACGGGGCUAGACCGGGAGACCCUGCAGGAGAACUUGGAGAACCUUAUGGACAUCCACGUCUUCCACCGCCGGCGGCCUCCAGUGUCCACGCCAUGUGCUAGGGAGAAUGGAGCCUGCAGCCAUCUGUGUCUUCGGUCCCCAAAUCCGAGUGGCUUCAGCUGUACCUGCCCCACGGGCAUCAACCUGAUGCCUGAUGGCAAGACCUGCUCACCAGGCAUGAACAGUUUCCUCAUCUUCGCCAGGAGAAUAGACAUACGCAUGGUCUCCUUGGACAUCCCUUAUUUUGCCGACGUGGUGGUACCUAUCAACAUUACCAUGAAGAACACCAUUGCCAUUGGAGUAGAUCCCCAGGAAGGAAAGGUGUACUGGUCAGACAGUACCCUGCACAGCAUCAGCCGUGCCAAUCUGGAUGGCUCGCAGCAUGAGGACAUCAUCACCACAGGGCUGCAAACCACAGAUGGGCUCGCAGUGGAUGCCAUUGGCCGGAAAGUGUACUGGACAGACACGGGAACCAACCGGAUUGAAGUGGGCAACUUGGACGGGUCCAUGAGGAAAGUGUUGGUGUGGCAGAAUCUUGACAGCCCGCGGGCCAUUGUGCUGUACCACGAGAUGGGGUUCAUGUACUGGACGGACUGGGGGGAGAAUGCCAAGCUAGAGCGGUCUGGAAUGGAUGGCUCAGACCGGACCGUGCUCAUCAGCAACAACCUAGGAUGGCCCAAUGGGCUGACUGUGGACAAGGCCAGCUCCCAACUGCUCUGGGCCGAUGCCCACACUGAGCGAAUUGAGGCUGCCGACCUGAAUGGCGCCAGCCGGCACACGCUGGUGUCCCCUGUGCAGCACCCUUAUGGCCUCACCCUGCUUGGCUCCUAUAUCUACUGGACUGACUGGCAGACCCGGAGCAUCCACCGUGCCGACAAGGGGACUGGCAGCCAUGUCAUCCUGGUCAGGUCCAACCUGCCAGGCCUCAUGGACAUCCAGGCCGUGGACCGGGCACAGCCACUGGGUUUUAACAAGUGUGGUUCGAGAAACGGCGGCUGCUCCCACCUCUGCUUGCCUCGGCCCUCGGGCUUCUCCUGCGCCUGCCCCACUGGCAUCCAGCUGAAGCGAGAUGGGAAGACGUGUGAUCCCUCCCCCGAGACCUACCUGCUCUUCUCCAGCCGAGGCUCCAUCCGGCGUAUCUCACUGGACACCAGCGACCACACAGAUGUGCACAUCCCGGUUCCUGAGCUAAACAAUGUCAUUUCCCUGGACUAUGACAGUGUGGACGGGAAGGUCUAUUAUACAGAUGUGUUCCUGGAUGUUAUCAGGAGAGCAGAUCUGAAUGGCAGCAACAUGGAGACAGUGAUUGGGCGUGGGCUGAAGACCACCGACGGGCUGGCAGUAGACUGGGUGGCCAGGAAUCUGUACUGGACGGACACAGGCCGAAAUACCAUUGAAGCAUCAAGGCUAGAUGGUUCCUGCCGCAAGGUGCUCAUCAAUAACAGCCUGGAUGAGCCUCGGGCCAUUGCCGUUUUCCCCCGCAAGGGGUACCUCUUCUGGACAGACUGGGGCCACAUUGCCAAGAUUGAGCGGGCAAACUUGGACGGCUCUGAGCGGAAGGUCCUCAUCAACACAGACCUGGGUUGGCCCAAUGGCCUUACCCUGGACUAUGAUACCCGCAGGAUCUAUUGGGUAGAUGCACAUCUGGACCGGAUUGAGAGCGCUGACCUCAAUGGGAAGCUACGGCAGGUGUUAGUCAGCCAUGUCUCCCACCCCUUUGCUCUCACUCAGCAGGACAGAUGGAUCUACUGGACAGACUGGCAGACCAAGUCAAUCCAGCGUGUGGACAAAUACUCAGGCCGGAACAAGGAGACAGUGUUGGCGAAUGUGGAAGGGCUCAUGGAUAUCAUUGUAGUUUCUCCUCAGCGACAGACAGGGACCAAUGCCUGUGGUGUGAACAACGGAGGCUGCACCCACCUCUGCUUUGCCAGGGCCUCAGACUUUGUGUGUGCCUGUCCGGAUGAGCCAGAUGGCCGGCCCUGCUCCCUUGUCCCUGGCCUGGUGCCCCCAGCUCCCAGGGCUACCGGCCUAAGUGAAAGGAGCCCAGUGCUACCCAACACACUACCUACCACCUUGCGUUCCUCUACCACCCGGACCCGCACUUCUUUGGAGGAGGUGGAAGGAAGAUGCUCUGAAAAGGAUGCCCAGCUGGGCCUCUGUGCACAUUCCAAUGAGGCCGUACCUGCUGCUCCAGGGGAAGGACUUCAUGUCAGCUACGUCAUCGGUGGACUCCUCAGUAUUCUGCUGAUUUUGGUGGUGAUUGCAGCUUUGAUGCUGUACAGACACAAAAAAUCCAAGUUAACUGAUCCUGGAAUUGGGAACCUGACCUACAGCAACCCCUCCUACCGAACUUCCACUCAGGAAGUGAAAAUUGAAGCAAUCCCCAAACCAGCCAUGUACAAUCAACUGUGCUAUAAGAAAGAGGGCGGGCCUGACCAUAACUACACCAAGGAGAAGAUCAAGAUUGUAGAGGGAAUCUGCCUUCUGUCUGGGGACGAUGCUGAGUGGGAUGACCUCAAGCAACUUCGCAGCUCACGGGGGGGCCUUCUGCGUGAUCAUGUAUGCAUGAAGACGGACACAGUGUCUCUCCAGGCCAGCUCUGGUUCCCUGGAUGACACGGAGACGGAGCAGCUGUUGCAGGAAGAGCAGUCCGAGUGUAGCAGCGUCCACACCGCAGCCACUCCUGAAAGACGGGGCUCUCUGCCGGACACAGGCUGGAAACAUGAACGCAAGCUCUCCUCAGAGAGCCAGGUCUAAACGCCCACAGUCCCUUCCCUCCCUGCCCGUUCCUUCUCCUUUAUGGACUUCCAGUCCUUGUGCUCACUUAGACAACAGGCCCCCUUCCUGUGUGCUUGCUCGUUCUUCUCCUCCACCUCCCGCCGUGUAACUGCUCCCGAGCCCUCCACGGGAGCUGUUUCCACCUGAGUCCGUAACUACCCGUGUGCAAGAAAUGAUGGUGCAUCCCGAAAAUUUGGACCUGGAUUUUACCAUGAACCUCACCUCUUGCACUCCCUCCUGAGCCCCCGAAACAAGGCUCGGGAAUGAUUCCUCAUCAGUGCAGAGCUCCACCUCCCCUUUCCCUGGUACCCUGCCCCGCGAGAACUGAUGAUCCAAGACCUCACUCUCCCCCAGCAGAGCCGGCCUGGCCACUUCUCUGAGAGAACUUGCCCAUCAGGGGCUGGGGCAGGGGUCAAGGGUAAAGAGAGAGAUGAAGGAAAGAGGCUGAAAGAGGAAGGAGGAGUAAGCCCAGCUGGUAUGGGCGUCUCGGAAGCCUCUAGCCUCAAGUGCAUUGGUAAUAUGAGCAAGCUUUUAGGGGUGGUUGGGCUGCAUGUCCUGUCCAUUGCUGGCAAUGGAUAUUAUUCUUGCCCUAAGAGCUACUGUUUUUUUUUUUUUCAGCUGCCAAUAUUGGUGAGAUCUGGGUGUGGCUCAAGCUGUUCUUCCUCCCGCUAGAGUGUCUGGAAGCUUCUACCCCGAUGACAGGGUCCUUAUCGCAUGGCAGCUGGCUAAUAUGAAUUCCCCUGCUGGUGCCACCACUGGCCAGUACCCUUAUGUCUUUGACUCCAAGUAACCAGGUUGUGAGCAGGGGCUUAAGGAAUGUGGGGCCCCCGAGCGCUGAGUCUCUGCAAGGUCCAAUCAGCGCUGCUUAGACCAAAAGUAGCAUAUCACCUGAACCUUAACGUUCUGCCACUCUCUCCCCACUCAUUCCCCGGGAUUCUAAGCCUAGAGAUCCUGAAACACCUUUCAUACAAGGGCCAAGAGUUUUCAUAAAGGGUCAGGAAGAGAGAUUGGGUUAUAGACUUGGGGCACGCAGGGCCUCAAGGGAAGUAUCCAUGAGGUUCUGUGUUCUCUCUCAAGUGCUCAGGGAUCUAAGUUAGUAGACAGAGAACCUGUGGCUUUAGGGGUGGUGACAUUCCCAUUCCAACUCUCUUCCCAGCUAAGUGAUGGACUUCCCAGGCCAUGAUGCCAUCACUUGGUUCAUGCUCGUUCACACAAAGACCGUUUGUCUCCUGCUAGGAUCAGGAGAGUGGAGACUUUUUGUCUGCCCUAAGCCUUCUACAAGCCCCCUCCACUCCCCCCCCCCAAUUUGCUUUUUCUGACUUAGCCUUGUGGUGGUGAGGAGACGGCUACAUCAAGACGCAAAGUUGGGGGCAAGGAGUAGAAAGGGAGAACCACCGAUGAAGCCCUCUCAGCCUAGGGCAGAUCCAGACCCUUCCACCCAGGAAUUGGAAGCAACAGGAGAGGGCGACGGGUUGAGAAUAGAGGCGAGGGCUUCCCGGGGAAGCUUCCUGAUUGGAAACAUCUCCUGUGGUUAUCAGUAUUGAGAAAUCAGCUGCCACACAUGUGAGUGAAAACGGAGAAGAGCAAAGCUUUUCUGGUCAGUUCUGAGGCUGCUAGAGACAGGUGCCAAGCCCUGAGCCGGGCUGGUAGUAGCCAACCCAGGUCUGGGCCCACACAGGACAGCCUAGCCAGGCCAGCAAGUCUUUUCCAGUCCACACACACACAGUGGGAAAAGUGAGGUGCCACUUAUGGGAGGGAAGGGAGACAUUUCACACUUGACGGGGCAGUUAAAAAAGGAGCACUUUGGGUCCUCAGACUCAUGGUUGAGGAUGGGGAGAAAGUAGGAAAGUGGCAAAUUCUUGAUUGGAAAGGGGGGAAAGAUCUUAUUGCACUUGGGCUGUUCAGAAUGUAGAAAAGACAUAUUUGAAGAAAUAUCUAUUUGAGCACUGAUACACUAUGUAAAAAGCAAAACCUCUCUGUCCUAAACUAAUGGAAGUGAUUCUCCCGCGCUCAUGUGUAAUGGUUUUAACGUUACUCACUGGAGAGAUUGGACUUUCUGGAGUUAUUUAACCACUAUGUUCAGUAUUUUAGGACUUUAUGAUAAUUUAAUAUAAAUUUAGCUUUUCUUAAUCACCGUGCCUGGCUUGGAGUCAUGACUAAUCACUGCAUCCGCUCUGUCUGGCAGACCCAUGCUUUUGAAAACCUUCUUGUGACAUCACCUCUAAGUCCUUCAGGGAUGUGAGGACAGUGAAAAGCCAUAAAAGGUGUGAGGUUCCUGGCUGGAGUUUCAACUCAUCUUGAGAAGACAGGUCAAGACCAGAGUUCAUUGACUUGUGAAAUCCGUAUUUCCUCUAGAACAGGGAUGGCAGAUAGGUUUCAUCUCAAGUGCCAACUUUGCUUGGUUGGUAGUGGCUGCCUGAGGUCCUGUUGAGACUCAAUGGGGAAAGUGUCAUGAUGGUUAGUGACAUCUCCUUCAGGCACUGGAAGGAAGUGUCAUGGCUUAUAUACCAUGUAUCUUCUAUCUCUAUUCUAGGUCUAUGAGGACCUCAUUGUCCCAGAACUUGACUUUGCCUCACCGUGAUUGAUAGUCACUGGCAAGACUGUCUGAUGUAGUAGGAAAAGGACUGGGGACAAGGAGGGAUCGUUACGGGCCCAGAUCUGCUACUGGCUCUUUUUUUUUUUUUUUUAAGAUUUUAUUUAUUUAUUUGACAGAGAGAGACAGCGAGAGAGGGAACACAAGCAGGGGGAGUGGGAGAGGGAGAAGCAGGCUUCCCGCGGAGCAGGGAGCCCGAUGCGGGGCUCGAUCCCAGGACCCCGAGAUCAUGACCCAAGCCAAAGGCAGACGCUUAAUGACUGAGCCACCCAGGCACCCCUGCUACUAGCUCUUGUUGAUCUUAGUCAAGUUUCAUAGUUAACUCUGACAAUGGAUCAAAUCAACAUUGAUUCCUUUUAUUUUUUAUUUUUUUCCUUUUAUUUUUAAAAAAGCUGCCUUCUCAUAAUUUAUACAGUACAUCUCAAGGCUAGGACAGGAAGUUGGGGAUCCAUUCUCAGGUUCUCUGCACAUGACACCUCUUCAGUGAUGAUUGGGAAUCAUGGAAGUCUCGGUGCCCGAUGUAGAAUUGUAUGCCAAGGCGCUCAGUAGUUGAUUUUCUAAACCACAGGCUUCUUAUUGAAUAAUGCUUCCAUUCAUUCCUUUAUCUCUUGCUGGGGACCAACCCCUGCCCAAGCCUGACCCACAGAACUUAGAAUCUAGCAACAGCCUCCAUCCCCACCCUACAUCCCCCCAAAAAGAGAAAGACUGAAGUUUCUUUUAUUUAUAUAACAGGAAAUCUGAGGGUAAUUUACAGUGCAUAAUUCUUCCAACUUUGGUGAGGGGUAUGUGUGCUAGAACAGAAACAAAUCGCAUAGCUCAAGGACAAUCAUCCUCUUACUCCACCAUUUUUAAAAAAAAAACUCAGAACAAAGGAGACAUUUUAGGUGAUGAAGUCCAGCCUAAAGCAUAAGCCUAUAUACCUGUAGAAAGUACCCCCUCCCAAAGGCUCAGGGUGACGGGCCAGACCAUGAACUGACCACUAGAGCUGGGAACUCAGGAAGAACUUUUCAAAUGAGAAGAAAAAAUGAAUGCAUUGAGAACAUACCAUUUGCUCAAAAGACUGGGAGAUGUUUCUGGAAAGACAAAAGUUUGGUGAAUGCAUUUUGACACCCUGUGAUCACAUGAGCCAGUAUAAUCAGGUAUUCAACACUGCCUGAGCCUUAAAGGUCUUGAGGAACCUGCGACUUUCCUGUCACUUUAGGGUUAGGAAAGGGGAGAGGAAAACGAGGCUGGCCCUCAUGGUCCAGGUCUUGAUAAGAAUCUGGGGCGGGGGGGCAGACCGAUGAGACUUCAGCAACAGUGUCAAAGACUUAACACCCAAUUUUCAAGUUAUGAUCAUGCUCUGGCUUUUACUUUCCUGAGCAGUAAAAUGAAAAGGUUGAGGCAGAUGAUUGCUAAGGUCAUUUCUAGCCUGAAGUUUUUUAUGUUCUUCCAAGAAAUCUUGGGGAUGAAACAAGAGCUGAGAAUGCCUUCCCUGGUUCUCCAGAUAUAAAACCCGAUGAGUAGCAAGAUGGUCAGAUUCUAACAAACUGGACAUAUUUUUACAAGCUAAUGUUCAAAAUAUAGUCACUGCCCUUCUUUCUAUAUUGCAUGAACAAACGAUGGAAGCUAAGAUAAAAAGAUCUCUGUGGCCCCUAGAGAGAUUUCCAAGGCAUGAAUUGAAGCUUUCACCAAACCUAAUCCUACAGAAAACAAAGUCAGUGCUGCAGAGGAACUUUGAAAAAGCAUCUAAAGAACUGAGGGUGCACAAGGUUCUAAGUGGAAUGCACUGACCUUCAAGAACAUAGAGUAAACUUCAGUUACUUCUGCUUAUGGACAUAAUGAAAAAUGUAGGUGAGCCCUUUCCAUGGCUAAGAAACAGUCUGUGAGUAUGUCUUGUCUUCGUAAGUGGAGGUGACUCAAAUGAUCCACUUAAUAGGACGUGUGUCUGGGGGUGUUUCAGGCAGCCUUUGUUUUGUAACAUUCCCUCACUUGCCCAUUUAUUUUCUCUCUAGAUCAUUCCCCCAUUAAGCAGCUGACAGAGGCUAAGCAGAGCUCAGCAUAGGGAACAGAGUUUUGUUUCCAGUCAAGGCUGCAACUCACAAUCUUGGACUCCUUGACAUGAUGUUAAAACAGAUCCAGACAGCCUAAUUAAGGGUCUGAGUUUAAACCCAAGGCUGGAGUUAGCCCCAAGCUACUCAAUCUGCCUAUGUCAUUUUACAAGACACAAAGAGCCAAGAACUCUCACUUAUCUUGUCCUUCUUGGUGGUUUUCCCUCCAGUCCCUAAAAGCCUGUUGACAGCCUGCUAACAAGUUUCCUAUCUCUCCCUCUGCCUCCUUCCACUUUGGUGGGGCUGGUGCUUCUGUGGUCAGAGUUCUUGGACAGCCUGCAUUUGGGGGGCUAUGGAAAAAUGGGCUAUGAGAAAAGAGUUAUUCAUUCCCUUCAUUCAGUCACCUAUUCAAUACAACUAGUGCAGUCUGGAGAGGCUUGGAGGCCAGUCAAAGCACAAAAACACACAGCCACUUGAGACCUGUGUUAAUGUUACCACUGCUGUCUCUAGGGAAUAAUGCACAAGGUACCUGGACUAAAAGUUGAAAGGAAGUGAAUCACUGAAACUGUUCCUCUUAGGCUGCAAAUAUGGAUCCAUGGCCCAUAGUAGAGCUCUUUCUUUCCCAGAAUGUGGUUUGUGAUUACGAUGGGAUGAGCACUGUCCCCACCCUAGCAGGCUUUUCAGAAAUGCUCGGCACAGUUACUCAACGGCCACAAUGUUCGGCAUUUGCUUACUGCUUCCAGUUGCAGUAAUACAGUGUUCACCCUGAUCUCUGAUACCUACAAGGGUUUCACUGUCCUAUUAGUAUCUUCCUUAUGCAGAAUUACCGAGAGGCCCCUGGGAUAAGGUAAGCACCCGUCACUCUAAUAAAUACACAGAUAAAAGCUAUUUGGUGAUAACCCUGGCCUGCAAAAGAUGACUGGCCAAACAUUUAUUGAACACCUGCUAUGGAGCAAGGUACUAUGUUCGGUUUCUACAAGGCCCUACAAGAUCUGCCACUCCCUGCCCUACAUUAUCUAUCAGGCCUCAUCUCCUACCCUCCUACUGCCAACUACUCUGCUUCAGCUACACAGGACUCCCUGUUUCUCUAACCCGAGAGGCAUGCUCCCAACUUAGGGUCUUUGCGAAGCUGUUCCCCCUGGCUGGCACUUCCUUCCUGUAGAGAAACUCAUGGCUAACUCCUUCGCUUUCAAGUCUUUGCUUAAAGGUAACCUCCUUAAUGAAACCUACUCUGAUCAUCCUUUAUAAAAUUAAUGUCUCUCUAACUCUACUUCCAAAUCCCUUUUACCGUAUUUUAUUCUUUUUUCUUUUCCCAUUGCACAUAUUGUCUAAUAACAUACUAUAUAAUUUAUUUAUGUAUUGAUCAUCUAUGCUUGUUCACUAUGAGUACCAUAAAAGAGGGAUGUGUGUGUGUGUGUGUGUGUGUGUGUGUGUGUGUGUGUGUGUGUGUGUGUGUGUUGUGCACUGGUUAUCCCAAGUGCCUAGAAGAGUCCCUGCACAUACUAGGUGCUCAAUAAAUAUUUGUUGAGUGAGUGAACAAAUAAAUGAAUGGAAUAAGACAUCCAAUGCCCACCUUCUAGCAGGGCUACACAUAAGCCAUAUAAGACAAAAAGGAAUUUGCCAUCUUGUUCUAAAGCUCUCCAGGAUCCAGACUCCAUACAUCCUUUAUUGAGCAAAUUCCAGUUUACCAUCACGUUCUCCUUAUAAAUGUAAUCUUCAAUUUAUUUCCCAUAAUAUUUAAAUAAAGUAAACAUGCCAAUGACCAAUGAUUUAAGAAGACUAUUUCUAUAUGUUCCUAACCCAUUUCUCAAAGGUUACUAUGACCUUUUUGCUCUGCUUGGUUCUUUUCUCCUUCCCCUAACCUAUGGAUCUAUUCUCAUGCCCUAUCUUUUCGCUCCCCACUCCCAACUCUGUGGUCUCAUCCACUGCUACAAUUUCAUCUCUUCUACGCCUGUAUCACUUGAGUCCUAAUCUUUUCUCAUAGUUCUCAUCCUGUAUUUCCUAGACCUACUUAGAGAUUGUGCUUGAAUGUCUCAUUGGUACCUAAAAGUAAACAGGGCUAAAACUAAAUUCCUUGCCUCCCUCUUGAGACUGGCUUCUCCUGACUUUCUACUUCCAUCUGGGCAAUCACUGCCUCCCAAUCCCUAGGCUCAAAGCCUGGCACGCUCUUUGACUCAUUUCCCUAAAUGGGCCCCACCCUCACCUUUGCACCAAGACAGUUGCCAAACCCUUCACGCUCUUGAAUCUGUUCUCAACAUUUCCACUGCUGUCACCUCAUAGCAGACUCCUAACUGGGCUUCCAACUCUUAACCCAUUUUAGACACUCAAGCUAAUUAGUUUUCGUAAAGUGCAAUUCUGAAUUUGUUGCUCUCUGGCUCAGAAACCUUUGAUAGCUCCCCAUCACCUACUUAAAGUACAAAUUCCUUACCUUGGUAUUCAAGACCCUCCUAGAAUGUUCCUUUAUCUACCAAUCUUGUAUCCCACUACUUCCCAACAUGUGCCCUGUUCUAAAAUUAAACUCACAUGUUCAAUUCCCUAUAUAUAAUGUACUUUCUUGUUUCUGUGCCCUUGCUCCUACUUUUCUUACUACUAGACAUUCUCCCUGGUACUUCUUUUAAAAAAAUUAACAUGUCAAUGGCAAAAAAUUCAUUUCCCUCCCUACCCACUCCCCUUGUUAAAUAAUUUCUUGAAAUUCCAGGAAUGUUCUAACCAUUUUCAGGCAUGCACACAAAUACAUAUGCAUUUAUAACCAUGUACAAUAAAAUUAUUCCA